UGCGCCACUCAAGCGUAUAGACCGCGAAGCGCCGGAGUCCAGGAAACAUGUCCCUUGCGUUUGCCGUCCGUUUCUAGGGCAACCCCGGGUCCUCUGCCACUGCGCGUUCUGCCGGGUUGGGUCCCCGCGACCCCGCUGCUAUGGCUGCCGCGGCGCCCAGCGUGUUUCUCCUCAUGGUCAACGGGCAGGUGGAGAGCGCGCAGUUUCCGGCGUAUGAUGAUCUCUACUGCAAGUACUGCUUUGUGUAUGGCCAGGACUGGGCCCCCACAGCGGGUCUGGAAGAAGGCAUCUCCCAGAUCACGUGCAAGAGCCAGGAUGUGCGGCAGGCCCUGGUGUGGAACUUCCCCAUUGACGUUACCUUCAAAAGCACCAACCCCUAUGGCUGGCCCCAGAUCGUACUCAGUGUAUAUGGGCCAGAUGUGUUUGGAAACGACGUGGUCCGAGGCUACGGGGCAGUACAUGUACCCUUCUCUCCUGGACGGCACAAAAGGACCAUCCCCAUGUUCGUUCCAGAGUCAACGUCUAAACUGCAGAAGUUUACAAGUUGGUUCAUGGGCCGGCGGCCAGAAUACACAGACCCCAAGGUGGUGGCUCAAGGAGAAGGCCGGGAAGUGACUCGUGUGCGCUCCCAGGGUUUUGUCACGAUGCUCUUCAACGUGGUGACCAAGGAUAUGAGGAAGCUGGGUUACAACAGCGGGCCUCUGGACACACAGGGUAUUUCAGGGCCCAGCCCCCUGCAGGGACUCCCCAGGUGAGGCUUUGGCUCCUCUACCACUGGACAGAUGACUUGGGGGCAGGAAUAUAGGGGUGUUUUUAUACAAUAAAGUAUCACUUUUCAUGGA